UUUUAAAUCUUUACCACUUGAAGGAACAUUGCAGAGCUUCAGCUGGGCCUGGCACUGAAAGGGAGGAGAAGGACCCCGAUUUGAUGUUCGAGUGCUGAAACUCCACCACAGAUCUGCACAGACUCCCAUGUCUGGAGUUUAGACAUGGGAUACCUGGUGCAUAUGGGGACUUUGCUGCUCUUUGCCAUAACAUUCACACAAUUAAGACUGGUUAAGAAUCAGGAGGCUGAAACAGAUAUCGAUCCUUCAAGCUGCACUCAAUAUGGCCAGUCCUACCAGAAUAAAGAUGUUUGGAAGCCAGAGCCCUGUAAAAUCUGUGUGUGUGACGAAGGAAUAAUAUUGUGCGAUGAGAUCACCUGUGAGGAUCUACAUAACUGCGAAAGACCAUACAUCCCAUUUGGAACUUGCUGUCCUGUAUGUCAAACUGAUGAAAGAGUCGGUAGAGGAGAGAGGGGACAGAAAGGUGAACCAGGGGAUGUCCGCAGAGUGGUUGGAAUAAGAGGACCUCCAGGCCCAGCAGGUCCACCAGGUUCAAAUGGACCAAGAGGAAGGGAGGGCACAAAGGGACCAACAGGUGUGCCUGGUCCAUCUGGAGGUGAUGGUGUGCCUGGAAUUCCUGGACAACCUGGUCCCCCAGGGCCACCUGGACAUCCCACUCAUCCUGGCUUUCAAAGUCAACUUGCAUCCCAAAUGGCUGGUGGUGAAAAGUCAAGUUUACGUGGCCAAAUAGGAAUGGUGCCGGGAGUUUCGGGUGAAGUUGGAUCUAGAGGAUCUCCAGGAGCCAUGGGGGCACAAGGGCCUAAAGGUCAAGCUGGUCCUCCUGGAGAACUUGGUGACUUGGGGCCAAUGGGUGGAAUUGGAAACCGUGGCCCUGAAGGACGACCUGGAAAGGCUGGUGAAGAUGGUGAAUCCGGGAAAGCAGGACGAGGUGGGGAGCAGGGAUUCAUGGGGCAACAGGGUUCUCGAGGUUUCCCAGGUGCCCCUGGCUUCCCUGGUAUCAAGGGUUUGAGGGGACAUCUUGGUCUUGAAGGACGAAAAGGUGAAAUUGGAGCUCUUGGCCAGAAGGGUGAUCACGGUUCUGUUGGUGCAAUGGGUCUUCCGGGUUCUCUGGGUCCACGAGGUCUUUCGGGAGAAAGAGGUCGAUCAGGACCUCAAGGAUCUACCGGUCCUCGCGGGGCUAUUGGUGCCCCUGGUCUGCCAGGUUCAACGGGUCCACUUGGUUUAAUGGGCGCUUCAGGUUUCCCAGGCCAGCCUGGUGCUAAGGGUGGACCUGGCCCAACAGGUGUCCGUGGGCCUGAAGGACCCCAGGGACAACGAGGUACAUCUGGCCGUCAGGGUACAACUGGACCAACAGGCACCGUCGGGCCACCUGGGCUUGAUGGAACUUUCGGUGCAAAAGGUCCAUUGGGUUCACCAGGCCUUGGGGGUCCCGCUGGAUUUCCAGGUCCUCUUGGGUCUCAUGGUCCCCAAGGCAGCACUGGACCUCCUGGAAUCAAAGGUCAAAGGGGAAAUUUGGGACAAAUCGGCUACAAAGGAGAACCUGGAGCCAAAGGCGAGCAGGGUUCACCUGGUCCACAGGGAACUCUUGGUCCAAUGGGUGAAGAAGGCAAGAGAGGACUCCGCGGUGACCCUGGUUCAAUUGGUCCUUUUGGGGCAGUUGGAGAAAGAGGUUCCCCAGGUAAUCGUGGUUUUCCAGGUCAAGAUGGGUUACCUGGUCCAAAGGGUGCACAAGGACAGCGUGGUAUCACAGGUCCUUCAGGCCCUAAGGGAUCGGUUGGUGAUCCUGGCCGCCUUGGUGAUCGUGGUCUCCCAGGAGCAAGGGGUCUAACAGGAAAUUCAGGCGUCACAGGCCCAGAAGGCAAGGCUGGACCGGCGGGACCUUCAGGUGAGGAUGGACGUCCAGGCCCAUCAGGACCAAUUGGACUGAGAGGUUCACCUGGUUCAAUGGGUAUCGUAGGACCGAGGGGUCAUUUUGGUGAUCCAGGUAAGACUGGUGAGAAAGGGCCUGCUGGUGCUCCAGGUCAACGGGGCACACACGGCAAGGAUGGAGAAGCUGGACCUCAAGGCCAUGUUGGUCCAAAGGGUCAAACAGGUGACAGAGGAGAACAAGGUCCUCCUGGCCCUCCAGGGUUCCAGGGUCUGCCUGGACCCCCUGGUCCUCCUGGUGAAUCUGGCAAACCUGGAAGUGAGGGUAUCCCGGGUGACCUUGGUCCAAUGGGCCAUCUAGGUCCAAGAGGUGAACGUGGAAUUCCAGGUGAACGUGGCUUGCCUGGACCUCCCGGUCUUCUGGGUCCAAAAGGAAUCCCAGGAGGUGCUGGCAAAGAUGGACCUAAGGGUCUUCCUGGACCUUCUGGGAAUGUUGGAGACCUAGGUCCACCAGGUCUUCAGGGAAUGCCAGGGGAGCGAGGAGCUUCUGGUCCUUCAGGUCCUAAGGGAGACAGAGGUACUGCAGGUGAAAAAGGAUCUGAAGGUAAUCCAGGCAAUGAUGGUGCCAGAGGUCUGCCUGGCUCUCCUGGUCCAACUGGCAGUACUGGUAUUGCAGGAGAUAAGGGUGAGCCUGGCUCCAUCGGACGUCCUGGGCCUUUGGGUUCCCGUGGAUCUCCUGGUUCUCGUGGUGAGACUGGUACCACUGGUGCUGUUGGAUUCGCUGGACCUCCAGGCAACGAUGGACAGCCUGGAAUCAAAGGUGAGACUGGUGAGCCCGGUCAGAAGGGUGAUGCUGGCUCCCCGGGACCUCAGGGACUAGCAGGAUCUCCCGGCCCUGCAGGCCCUUUUGGAGUUACUGGACUUAAAGGUGGACGUGGUACUCAGGGUGCACCUGGUCCCACUGGAUUUCCUGGCCCUGCAGGUAGAGUUGGACCUCCAGGACCAACUGGUGAAGCAGGUCCUGCUGGUCCCUUAGGGGCUCCUGGGAAGGAAGGUCCUCAUGGUCUGCGAGGUGACGCUGGGUCACCUGGGAAGACGGGUGAUUCUGGUCCUCCAGGGACAACUGGUAGCUCAGGUGAUAAAGGAGAACCUGGAGAUGAUGGUCCAACCGGCCCGGACGGUCCUCUCGGUCCACAAGGUACAACAGGACAAAGAGGUCUUGCAGGAAUGCCAGGCCAUCGUGGGGAAAGAGGCAUGCCUGGUCUGCCAGGCCCAGCUGGUCAACCUGGCAAACAAGGACUGACAGGCUCUUCCGGUGAACGAGGCCCUUCAGGCCCAACGGGUGCACAAGGUUCACGUGGACCUCCUGGUGAAGCUGGUCAGGAUGGUCUUCCAGGAGUCGAUGGCACCCCUGGACGCGAUGGACGUGAAGGAGAGUUGGGAGAUCGUGGCGAUCCAGGACCUGCAGGUGUUUCCGGCGUGCAGGGUGGACCUGGAGCCCCUGGUCCCGUUGGUCCAACUGGAGAACCAGGGCCGAGAGGGGAGACAGGUUCCCGUGGACCGCUGGGUACCUCUGGUCGAACUGGGGGUCGCGGAUUACCAGGCCCUCAAGGUCCCCGUGGUGACAAAGGAGAGAAUGGAAUUCAAGGUGAACGUGGUCAGAAAGGUCAUCGUGGAUUUACUGGUUUACAAGGUCUUCCUGGUCCUCCUGGUCCUUCUGGUCAACAGGGUGGUUCAGGAAUUCCCGGGCCAGUUGGUCCCAGAGGACCUCCUGGUCCAGUUGGACCUCAUGGAAAAGAAGGUCAUCUUGGAUUCCCUGGACCCAUUGGGCCACCUGGAUCGCGUGGGACUGUUGGAGAGACUGGUCCUGGGGGUCCUCAGGGUGAAGAAGGUCUUCGUGGUCCUCCCGGGCCUCCUGGACCUCCGACGGCUGCAUAUGAUGACAGGAUGGGCGCCUACGGCUUCAUGGAUGACACCCUGCAUAUGCUCAAUGCCGAUGAGACGUCUGCCACCAUCCCAGUGGAUUCGGGGGUGGACGCCACUCUGAAGUCCCUGAGCAGCCAGUUGGAAACCAUGCGCAGCCCAGACGGUUCGAGGAAGAACCCAGCUCGAACGUGCCAGGAUCUUCUAUUCUGUCAUUCAGAAAAGAAAAGCGGCAAGUACUGGAUUGAUCCAAACCAGGGCUGUGUUGAGGAUGCUAUUGAAGUAUACUGCAACAUGGACACUGGGGACACCUGUAUACAUGCUGACCCAUCUGAAAUUCCACACAAGUCCUGGUGGACCAAAAGGAAUAGUGAUGAUGAUCGACAUUUGUGGUUUGGCGAAUCCAUGAAUGGUGGAUUACAAUUCAGUUACGGUGACAAGAAACAUUCCCCAAAUACUGUCAUGAUUCAAACAACAUUCCUCCGUCUUCUGUCAAAAGAAGCUUCCCAAAAUAUCACCUACCAUUGUAAAAACAGCAUUGCUUAUAUGGAUGACCAGACUGGCACACUGAGGAAAGCAUUGAUUCUGAAGAGUGCCAACGAUAUUGAAAUCAAAGCUGAAGGAAACAACAGAUUUAAAUAUUCUGUCCUGGAAGAUGGCUGCACUAAACACAGUGGUAGUUGGGGCAAGACGGUCUUUGAAUAUCGAACGCAGAACACAGCACGACUGCCCAUUGUGGAUAUUGCACCCUUGGAUAUUGGGGGUCCUGAUCAGGAAUUUGGCUUUGAUAUUGGCCCUGUUUGUUUCUUGUAAAAUAAAAGGACAUGGAGAUUUUGAAGAUAUUCCUGGACUCUUGAAUUAACGGCUGAUCAAAUCAGCACUGUAUAUAUAAAUACUUAGAAUUUUCCAGCCCUUCAUAACAAUUAUUUAUUGUUCAUAUGAACCCGUUGAUAAAAUUAAAAUGUGAUUUAAAAACUGUAGAAACUAUAGGGCAGUUUUUAAGUACAGUAAAUAACUAUUGGUUCUUUUGUAACAGGAUUGGGAGCAGUUAUGAUUUUCACUUUUAAAACUUUAAAGUAUUAAAUGUAAAUUCCGACAUGUUCACAUCUGGGAAUGUUCCAUACAAUGCUUGCUGGGAACGAUUUAGCAAACUGACAGUAAGCCUGGGUGCUAGAACCACAGCUUCAUCUCCUAGGGUUUCUGAGCCAUGCUUCCCAUCAGCUCUGUUCCCUGAUGAGUGUGUAAAAUCUAUCCUAUUAUCUAUUCAUUAUAGAGGUUACUUUAAUAUCAAGCUUUCCUACCACACGUACAUUAACAGAUGCAGUUAAAAAAAAAGUACCCCAAGUUUAAGCUACCUCAUCUCUUUCAGAAGCUAGGAUGUGUUGAUGCUUGUCUGAUUCAUUUUUUUUCUCCAAGGUGCUAAAAUCUCCAGGGCUUCCUUCUGCGUUUGUUUACGGAACCAGGAGACAGAGUAAAGAAAUGACGGUGCUAGUUACAAAGAUCUUAUUUCCUUUAAGCUUUUGAUGAAGUAGCAGGAGACCCCUUAACACAAUGCCAUGUCAAUCGGCAUUUUAUUAUUCCUGUUGUGUCAACAUUUUUUGAGUAUGAAUGGUGUUCCUUAACUCAUCUCUUAGUUCAAUUAGUGAUAGAAUGAUCUGCAUGUCUUGAAAGUUAAAACAUGUAGGCAAAUCCAUUUUGCAAUGUUUCUUUAUCUCUUCAACAAUGUUCUUUAAUUCGCCAAUAAAAACAACCAUUUUACAAGGAAAACAGAAACACCUAUGGUUGAAUUAAUUGAUGUCCCCCUGCCCCCCCACCCCAGUAAAUGAUUGUAAACUUGUAAUUAACCAAACAUGGCAUUAACAAGGCAUCUAAUAGUAUGACUGGUUCACUUUUUAAGCAGUAGUACUAGUCCUAAUGAUAAUAAACCCUGUGGCCAAUGUAUGUUGAAAGAGAUACAGGUCUCAAAAACAGUGAAAACAUUCAUUAUUUAGUGGUAAGAAAUUAAAAUAAAUUAGAAAAUAUGUUUUUGCAUCAACAAAUAUAUCAAGACAAGUCAUAUUCAUCCAGAAAUUUCAUUUUAACAUCACUGCUUUUGUGUAAUGAACCAGUAAUUAUAGUAUAUGCAUGAUUAUUAAUCUCGACCCGAAACAUCACCAAUUCCUUCUCUCCAGAGAUGCUGCCUGUCCCGCUGAGUUACUCCAGCAUUUUGUGUCUACCUUCGAUUUAAACCAGCAUUUGCAGUUCGUUCCUACACACUAGAAAAGUCAUCUGCAUUCAAUCGAACAAUCAAUUGGCAAUUUCAGUUUAUAGAACACAAAAUUGGCCUUUUUUUAAUAUCAAUUACUUUACAAGGCUGCAUUUCCUCAUUACUCCACACUUUUCUUUUGCAUACUUAAUGUCUUUUAUCUCAGUACUUUUACCUUCACUCGGUUAUACUUUAAGCUGUUCAUUUAAGGCUGAAUAAAAUUUAUCACAAAUGCUUUUUGCAACAUGUUAUUUGAAAAGGUUUUUGUGCCAAAUUAAAGAGAUUUGAUGGGGGUUUAAAUCUCCAGAUGAUUCAUUUAUUAUAACUAUAUGUUUCUCUUUAUUUUGGUGCAAAAAUCACUCCAGUCGGAGAUGCGUACACAGAACGCUGCCUGCCAUACCUAUGGAAGAGAGCCUCUGUUUUUAAAUUUGCUGUAAGACCUAUUUACUUAUCUGAGCUUUACCGAACCUUCUGUUAUGUAACAGUAGCAAUGAAUAGGAAAAUUAAAUGUUGAAGCAAUUUUA